AUGGGGGCUUGCAUGAGCUCCAAUAAGGAGGAAGAGGAGCAAAAGAAACGGAGCCAAGCUAUUGACCGCGCACUCGAUGAGGAUUCGAAGAGACUAAGAAGAGAAUGCAAAAUUCUCUUAUUGGGCUCUGGCGAGAGCGGAAAGUCGACGAUCGUCAAGCAGAUGAAAAUCAUCCAUUUAAAAGGCUACUCGGAAGAUGAACUAUUCAACUACCGCCCCACCGUCUUCAAGAACCUAAUCGAAUGCGCCAAAGCAGUUAUAACGGCGAUGGAACAAUUCGAUAUCGAAGCGAGCAGCCAGGAAACCAAAGAAUAUUGCAACUAUUUGCUGCGAUACACGGUCGAGUCGGGUCCGACGGCACAUAUUGAGCCCAAAGUUGCGCCGGCAGUACAGGCCUUAUGGCAUGAUCCAUGCAUCGAGCGGCUCAUGCAGCAUGCCACGGAAUUCUACUUGAUGGACUCAGCUGAGUACUUCUUCGAUGAGGUAUCGCGAAUUUGUGCUCCGGAUUAUCUGCCGAACGAGAUGGAUGUCCUCCGCGCUCGAACGAAGACAACUGGUAUCUACGAGACCCGAUUUCAGAUGGGAGCUCUCAGUAUUCACAUGUUCGACGUCGGCGGCCAGAGAAGUGAGCGCAAGAAGUGGAUACAUUGCUUCGAGAAUGUGACCUCUAUCAUCUUCUGUGUGGCGCUGAGCGAGUACGAUCAGGUACUGCUCGAAGAGAGUAGCCAGAAUCGUAUGAUGGAGAGCUUGUUACUAUUCGACUCGGUUGUCAACUCGAGAUGGUUCUUGAGAACGAGUAUAAUAUUGUUCUUGAACAAGGUUGACAUAUUCAAAGUCAAGCUUCCUAGGUCGCCGCUAGGUAACUAUUUCCCAGAUUACUCUGGUGGUAAUGAUGUGAACAAAGCUGCGAAGUAUCUGCUAUGGAGAUUCAACCAGGUUAAUAGGGCCCACCUGAAUCUAUACCCUCACUUAACCCAGGCAACGGAUACGUCCAACAUUCGGUUAGUAUUUGCGGCCGUAAAGGAAACGAUACUCAAUAAUGCGCUUAAAGAUUCCGGCAUCUUGUGA